CACUCUAAUAAUGCAGUAGAGAGAGAAACGACCAAAUUCAAGAGAGAGAGAGAGAGAGAGAGAGAGAGAGAGAGUUCUUCUUGGGCAAUGAAUCAACCAAUCCUCUGUUUCUUCUUCUUGUUCUGUCGGAUAAGUUUUUGGGUUUGAUUUUGGCAUUCGUGAGGGUCGAUUUGAAUUGGGUUUUGUUGUUUGAAUCUGAAUUUUGAUGGGUUCAGAGAGGGAAGGAGGAUCGAAGAAGAUUGAGAAAGAUCCAGGAGAAACAACAGGGAAUUUGUACAGAGUCGGCAGAGUUUCACUUAUGGAACGUCCUCUGUUUCUUCCAUUAACUCCAAAGCUUUCUGCUACUUCCAACCAUUGUUUGAGCUCCUAAAAAUUCUCUCUUUACACUUCAAAUAAACAACGCCACGACAGUUUUAUUAACGGGAUUUGAUCCGAUUCUGGGAUUUGUUUCUUGAAUUUCUUCCGUCAUGAAGAGACAUGGCAGCUCAGAUUCCUUGGGAGCUCUGAUGUCCGUCUGUCCUACUUCAGAGGAACAGAGUCCGAGAAACCGCCAUGUUUAUGGCAUGGAGUUUCAGUCGAUGUUGGAGGGCUUAGACGAAGAAGAAGGGUCCAUGGAAGAACACUGCCAUUUGGGCGGGAAGAAAAGGAGACUGGGCGUAGAUCAAGUCAAGGUGUUAGAGAAAACAUUCGAGAUUGAAAACAAGCUCGAACCAGAGAGGAAAGUGAAGCUCGCUCAAGAACUUGGCCUGCAACCGAGGCAAGUGGCUGUUUGGUUCCAAAACCGCCGUGCCCGUUGGAAAACUAAGCAACUCGAAAGGGAUUAUGGCGUUCUCAAAGCCAAUUAUGACACUCUCAAGCGUAGCUUCGAUACCCUUCAACAGGAUAAUGAUGCUCUGCUCAAACAGAUUAAGGAAUUGAAAUCAAAGAUUCAGGAAGAGAAGACGGAGAGCAAUUUAUCAGUAAAGGAAGAGAUUUUCGCUUUGGAAUCGGACACUUUUCUAAUAGAACAAACCAACAAUUCUCUACCAGUGGAUCUUAUUUCUCUUCCAGCUGCUUCCGAUCAAUCCGAUGACUUCAACUACGAGAGCUUCAAAUCCGCCGCCGUCGCCACUGACGUCGACGGCGGUAAUCAGAGAGUUGAAGUCUCAUUGUUCCCUGAUUUUAAAGAUGGGUCAUCGGACAGUGAUUCAAGCGCUAUAUUAAACGAAGACAACAGCCCAAACGCUGUCGUUUCAUCUGCGGCUGCUGGAAUCCUUCAAAGCCACCACCAAAUCCUGUCGUCUCCGGCGUCGUCUUUGAACUGCUUCCCGUUUCAAAAGGCUGCUUAUAAUAAUGCACAACCAUUUGUGAAAAUUGAAGAGCAUAAUUUCUUCAGUGGAGAAGAGACCUGUAAUUUGUUCUCCGAUGAACAAGCUCCCUCUUUGCAAUGGUGCAUCCCCGAUCAGUGGAACUAAAGAAACCCGCCGCCCAAAAAAGGAAUUCCGAUCACCGGAGAUAAUCUAGUCCUCGUAAUUUGCACUGUGCAGAUAUUAAUAUCAAUAAAAAAAAAAAAACGGUGGGAUUGGUCGGAGAAGGAUCAGCUGCCGGCUCCGACGAGAGAAAGACGGUGGAGAGAGAGUCUUCAUCGGAGUGAAGCUGUAAAAAGGAAACUUUUAGAGUUUGAUCUCGAUGAUUAGAACGAAUGUUGUAAUGAACAAAUAAUCCUUCCCUUUUGCUUUUUUAUUUUA